AUGAUGAGUCCACCUGAUAAACAGCAGACAAUGAAGGAAUUUCCUGGUGAUGACGAGAAGGAAAGAAGCACGAUGAACGCGAAGCAUUGCCUUUUCUCUCCAAGUCGUUGUCAUCAUCCAAGCCGAGUGACAGUCAAUUUCUAUGUGGUGUUUCUGAUACUGGUGUGUCUUCCUCUCCUGGCCGUUGGACUGCAAGAAGGAACCGGAAAUGACAUGACAGCCCAACGGCAGUACAACAGUACCUCCACAACUUCCACCUACAUUCCUCGCCACAUUUCUUCCGAACUCUGUCAUUCGUUGGGCGAGACGGACUGUCGCCAUGCCGAUGCUUCCAUGGCGAUUCAACACGGCCACUACAAUAAAGAGCAGCGUCGUCGCCAGUUGGAACCCAACUUGUCGUACGACACCAACGUGUUGGUCCUGUUGAUGCAAUUCACCGAUCACACCGACCGAUCGGUGCCGCCUCCGUACGAGUAUCAACUCUUGCUCAAUCUACGCGUCUCCAAAUACUUGGAACUCAACUCGUACGGGGCCGUCAAUGUCUGGUUUGAUGUCAUUCCGUGGCACGUUACGGACAAUACCGAACUUCAUUACAGUUUUGAACAGAGCGGACGCAAUAUUGAACUUCAAAACGCAUUUCAUCCGCUACUCAAUGAGCUCUAUGACACGCAACAAAUGGACUUUUCACCCUAUGACAAGAACGGCGAUGGAGUCAUUGACAAUCUACUCAUUAUUCAUUCUGGGUAUCCUGCCGAAGUGGGAGGCAUAGACUGUAAAAAUUCAAGACCUGUGCAUCAGCGAAUAUGGAGCCACGCACUGGCCGAUGUUUCCAAAUACAAUUGGGUCAGUUCCGACGGUGCCAUGCGGACCAACGCCUACACAUUUGCGGCGGGAUUGCACGACGUGUGUGGCAGUGCCCCCUGCAAAACGGGAGUAGUGACGCACGAAUUCUUUCAUGCCUUUUCCGACAUUCCCGAUCUCUACGAUACAUCUCUCAAUGACGAAGGCGCCCUAAAGUUGCAAGGACGCGGUGGUGUUGGAUCGCUCGAUAUCAUGGCCAAUCCGUACGGUGUCAAUGGCGACGAUGAAGAUUUCCCGUCGCAUUUGAGUCCCUGGACCAAGAUUCAAAUGGGAUGGAUGGCGCCCACCAAUGCCAACGCACAAGUCGAUCCGGCAACCGGAAAGGGAACCUUUACACUGCGUCCGUCGGAACUCUAUCCGGAUGUAUUAAAGAUUACAAUGGAAAAUUUCAUGGGGAGGGAAUACUUUUUAUUGGAAAAUCGACAACGCAAGUUCUUUGACGUCAAGUUAUUUGGGACCGGGGUGGCCAUUUAUCACGUCGAUGAAUCAUCCGAUGGACAAAACAAUCGGGGAUUUCCAGGACAAUCGCAGUGGCCGACCAAUGGCAAUCAUUACAAAGUGGCAGUGGUGCAAAAGGACGGACAGUAUCAUUUGGAACAUGCCGAAAAUCGAGGCGAUGCAAAUGACUUUUUCAAUGUCGGUGACACACUCGGACCCAAUGAUGCCGAUGGCAGAACCUGGCCCAAUACCGAUACGUACGGGCUGUGGAGUAGUGUCUUUCCCACGGGGAUUGUCAUUGAGGUGACGGGAAAGAACGGACUAGACAUGGAAGUUACCGUGACAAUCCCCAAUGAAUUGCAGGGAGCUGCCGCACCCAUGAAAGAACAAGAGCCGCUGCCUGAAGUCGACAAUACAGAUGUGCUCAGUGGGAAAUAUGAAGCUGCGUGGUUCUUGGAAGAUAGGAAUGUUGGUCGGGAUGAUGAAGAACAGCAGGGGAAUGAUGAGGCAGCAGGUGGUGAUGUGGGUGUGGGGUUUGUCGAGAGGCCACCGGAGCGCGACGAAGAGACUACCGAUGCGCAGUCAACAGGGGAUAGUGAUGGUAGUGACACAGCAACAACUGAUGGAACUGCAGACGGGGAGCCACCAGGUGUUCUUUUCAGCAGCAAUCAGAAAGAACCUGGGGCUGAUGCAAACGAGAUGCAGGAGGAAGAAGACGAGGACUUUGUGGAUGCCGUUCCCUCUAAGGAGACUUCUACUUCCAGCAAUGCCACGGAAGGCAUUUCCGUGGGAACUAGCAAUGCGACAGCUGAGGCCGUGACCGCCAACACCGCGACAAGCGAUGGCACUAGUGGGGAGACGAAUGAUGCAGCAGGCACCACAACCUCAAGUUUGGAAGAUGACAUGGAAGAGCUGUUCCCGAACUUGUUUGUCAAUAGCACCGCAAAAGAGGAAGACGGUGCCGACGACGAAGGGGGCACUGCAGCUCCGACUGCCACAAUAAAUGCCUCGAGAGAGCCAACAUCGUCGCCGUCACAUGAGCCAACUGUGGAUGGGACACAUGUGGACGAGGUAGAGAUUCUACCGAUCAUUGAUGUGCUUUCGCCUUUCACAUCCGCGGCGUGUUGCUUCGGGUCGAGCACUCUGCUACGAGCGGGUACGAUCCUGUUGGUUGCCUUCCUUUGGCUGGGUUAG